AUGGCUGGGAACAAUUUUGGGGGCGUAUUGCCCAAUUCAAUUGCAAAUCUAUCCACCAAUCGCACCCAACUGUCGAUAAGUAGUAACUACAUAUCUGGAACCAUACCGCAAGGGAUUGAGAACCUCAUCAACUUAAAGGAAUUAUAUUCAUCUUUGAAUAUGCUCACUGGCAGUAUUCCAGAAUCUAUUGGGAAAAUUUCUGAGUUGGAACGACUCUACAUUCCGGGAAAUAACAUCUCAGGAAAAAUUCCAUCAUCUCUUGGCUACAUGUCUCGAUUGAGCAUUCUUUCAUUAGGAAGAAAUAUGCUAGAGGGAAGCAUACCUCCGUCUUUGGGAAAUUGCACAAAUCUUCAAGCAUUUUAUCUUGAACAGAAUCACCUCACUGGUGCGAUACCGGAGCAAGUUAUUGGACUUUCUUCCCUCAGUUCUCCUCUUGGAUCAAAAUUAUCUGACAGGACCACUACCUUCACAAUGUUAGACCUCCUAUUUAUGGAUGACAACCUUUUCGAAGGUACUAUUCCAUUAUCUUUGCAGAAAAUAAAAGGAAUUCAAGGCCUAGAUCGUUCUCGUAAUAGUUUGUCUGGGCGGAUUCCAAGCUUUCUAGGCAAGUUUCGAUUGAUUGAAGUUCUAGACCUUUCUUAUAAGUUUGAGGGUGAAGUUCCAAAUGAAGGAGUGUUCAUGAACGAUAGUAAGUUUUCAAUUGUGGGAAAUGACAAACUUUGUGGAGGAAUCAAGGCAUUGCAAUUGCCUGCAUGUCCCACACAAAGGGAAAGAAAGCUCUUCCCCCCUAAAGCUACCAACGGAUUCUCUUCUGCCAACUUGAUUGGUGUGGGUAGAUAUGGUCCUGUUUAUAAAGGAACUCUCAACUAUGGUGAACAAAUUGUUGCUGUGAAGGAAUUCAACCUUCAACUACUUGGAGCCAACAAGAGCUUCUUGGAUGAAUGCAAAGCUUUGAGGAACAUUCGCCACCGCAAUCUGGUAAAGAUCAUCACAUCUUGCUCAAGCAUCGACUUUAAUGGAAAUGAUUUCAAGGCUUUGGUGUUUGAGUUCAUGCCAAAUGGGACUUUAGAGAGCUGGUUACACCCAACUUUAUAUGAGAAAGAGGACUUGAGUUCAUCUACGCUACUGUACUCAAUGAGCUUGAACCUAAUCCAAAGGCUUAACAUUGCCAUUGAUGUGGCCCAUGCAUUGAAUUAUCUUCACCAUCACUGCGAAACAACAAUCAUUCAUUGUGAUCUAAAGCCAAGUAAUAUUCUUCUUGACAACGAGCUCUGUGCCCACGUUGGUGAUUUCGGUCUGGCAAGGUUUCUUAUGGCUACCGAAGAUAAAUCUAAUCAUACACAAACUAGUUCAUCAAUUGGAGUUCGAGGGACAAUUGGCUAUGUUGCACUGGAUAAUUUAUUAUGUUUAUUUCUUUUGAUAUAUACUUUCAUUAUAAUUUCAUUAGAAAAUUUACUAAAUUUUGAACCAGUAGCUAGGAAACAGAUGAUAAGUUGA